AUGGAGUCGUUUUUAUGCACACUCGGUCUGCUCACCACGUGCCUCCUUCAGGCAGCUUACUGGAACGCCUUCCAAGAAGCUGCCUCGCCCUAUACCCGCAGCAACAUCUCUACAGUCCCCAUCUCCUGCUCCCUCCUCUCCUCCCUCCUCUGGGCUGCCUACGCCCUCCCUAUAGUCACACCCCGCCGCGUCCUCUUCCUGCUCGCCCACCUUCUACAAUCUCUCUCCCUUUCUGCCCUCCUCCUCGCCGUCAUCUCCUCCGACUCCUCUAGCUACACUCUGCGCCUGCGGCAGGUGCUGCAGCUGCUGCUUCCGGCCUCAGGACUUUCCAUCCUGGUGCUCUCCCUCGGAUCCUUCUUUGCACCUUCCUCCCUUGUCAUUGGCUGGACUGCCUCUGCUGCGGCUGCUCUCCUGCUGGCCUCGCAGCCGCUUUCCCGCAUGCUCACUCUGCUGGACACAGCAACAGGUGCCCAGUCAUCACACCUCUUCGUCAGCUGCUCAGCACUAGCUGCUGCAUGCACAUGGGCCGCCUUUGGCUUCGCUGCUCAAGACCACUUCAUUGCUGUGCCGUAUGUUGUGGCUGCAGCGCUUGAAGCCCUCUUUCUCGCUCUUUCCUCGUUCGUAGGUCAGCUCUCGGCAAGUCAGCUCUCUCCUGCACAGUUGAAAUAUGCUCCUGCACACCCAUCCUGUUUCCCUUGUCUCCCCUCCCAUCCGCAUCCCCUUCUGUUUUCACCCAUCCCCAUCCCCAUUCAAUCUCCUCCCAUCCGCAUCCAUCCCCACCCGUAUCCACCCCUCCUUCAUUCCGACCGAUCCCUGCCCAUCUCCAACCAUCCGCACCCCUCUCACAGUGCGGCCAGCAGUGCACCGUCACGGCAGAGGGCAGCAGAGGGGUAUGAGCUGGUUGCCCCCACGGCUUCCGAGUCAGGCCUCACAGAGCAAUCGCUGUAA